AUGGCUCACGAGAUACCACUACAAGUGCAUCACAAAGCUCUGUCGGGAACGAAGACACGGAAGCACAAGCCUGUGAAUCAAGCUAAAUCUCAGUUGCCUAAUGGGCAAAAACCGGACUUUGGCUCGGGUUUGAAGGAGAAGCCCCUUAAAGGAAGGUCCCCCCAAUUACCCAAUGGCGAGAAACCGGAUUUUGGCGGCUCUGAUCAUAAGAAGGAUCAUGGCAGCAAGCCAAAUGGUAGCAGAAAAACCAGAAAAGCUUCUGGCAAGAAGACCAGUACUGUGCCUACAACCCCUAUUUCGUCGAACGAGCCAAGAAAGUCUGAAGGAAAGGAAUGCUACGCUGGGUCGUCGUUCCACUCGUCGCCAGAGGCUUUAGCUCUCCCCAAGCCGUCUUUUGCGAGGAAUUCUCCGCAGGCACCCUCUACAGGGACUUUCAGUCCUCUGAACCAACCACCUGUGAAUGCUGUUUCACAUGACGUGGCCAUGCCCCAUGCUUUUGUGUACCAGGGCAUGCCCCCAAGUGGGCCACCACGCCAUCCCGUCACGGCUUAUCCGCCAUCACCACUUCCAGGUUUUGCCUAUAACACAAACAGACAGGGCUACAUUAAUUACCUGUACCCGCCGGCAGCAAUUCCGCAGCCACCUUUACCGUUGCAAUCAAUUCCUUUUCAGAACUAUCCUGUUCCACAACCACCAUCGAAUCAGCAGUUCGGAGGCCAGAAAAUAACGUUCAACGAGUUAAUGGGCUCGUCUCACUGA